AUGUUUGCAUUUCUGUUGAUCGCAUAUCUACUGAUUUCGCCGCAGAUUGACUUCAUUGAUGGCAAAGUGGACCCAACUGUUGCCUACAGAGAUGGGCCUGUCAUGAGGGCUAAGACACUACACUCGCACCACCACAGGCCAGAGUCGUUGGGCGUUGAAAAGGAUGUGAAUCUACGACAACCGGCCGACCCGGUAGCUAUUGAAACAACUGUUGAUACCCCUGUAGACUCUGGUAAUCCCAACCCAAGUGCCAGUGAUGCGCCAGCAUCUGUCGACCCAAAUAGUGGUACCGGUGGUGAGAACGACCCUACAACUGAUCCAACAACAGUAGUAGAUCCAGUGGUGACAUCAGAUGCUAACAACACCGGUGGUAAUGCUAAUGAACCUGCAGCCCCUGUCCCUGAUGACAAUAUACAAGAGGAUGACAUACCGGGUGACCCGCCAAUUGCACCCCCAAAUGAACCUAAGAAGCCUGGAAAGGGUGGUAAACCAAUCAAUAUUGUAAUCUAUAUAUUGAUCAUAAUCGCCAUCAUUAGUAUCGUUGCUUUGGCAGUGAUUUGGGGUUAUUUGAAAUACAAAGACAAUGAAAGUCGAGAGAAACCGACAGAAGAGACCAAAAUCGGUGCCGCCGUAGUCUCGAAGCCUGAGCCCACAGCGGGACCUCCCUCUGAGAAACAGGACUCAAAGGAGGCGUCGACUGAUAAACCGCCAUCAGAUGAGGGCAAGGAUGCGAAGAAAGAGUCGAAAACUACCGGCGCCGACACUAAGGCCAUCGACCAAAAGUCCACCGAACCAGACGUUCCCGGAGUCUAA